AUGGGCAGUGGGCCUAUUCCACCGCAUGUGCGGGGAGAUUUUUCUCAGGGUAGCCCACGUGCUUCACCCACGGCUACCUCUCCAUCACUGUCCAGCUUCAGCAGCGCUCCCCAUGCGCGCCCUGCCAUGACGUCGCAUCCGUAUGCUCCUCCCCAGCCCCUUGAGCCUCCAGCCACCAGUGAGCACCGCCCAAACAGUGUCAACGGCAGCCCACAUAUGACUAGCAUGGGGUGGGCCUCCCCUCUCAUGGCAGCAUGCCCUCGCCCGGGUCUACCAACGACUUCUCCUACCCCGACCCCAGCGCUCCAGCUUAUCCCUCGGCUAUGCCUCACCACAUGUACUUUCCGAACUCGACUCUCCGUCGACCUGGAAGCACUGAACCCGGUGACUACGAGACAAAGCCGCGGAUGGACCACACCUGGUCGACGCCGGUGUAACGCAAGUCACGCCUUCAACAAUCUUAUUCAUUGUUUGGAAACCUUUUGA